AUGGCUGCUGUUGACUCUCACAGACAGGAAUUCUGGGAACGUGCCAUCUUCUUCCCAUUUCCCAUUGAAAUUCCAAUGGGGAUUUUCUUUCUUUUUUCUAUCUCUCUCUCUCCCUAUCUAUCUAUCUAUCUAUCUAUCUAUCUAUCUAUCUAUCUUAGUGUCUGUCUGUCUGCCUAUCUAUCUCAUCGUCUAUCUAUCUAUGUAUCUCUCUCUCUCUCUCUCUCUCUCUCUAUCUAUCUAUCUAUCUAUCUAUCUAUCUAUCUAUAUAUAUAUAUAUCUGUCAGUUUCUAUCUAUGUAUCAGUCUGUUUCUAUCUAUCUAUCUAUCUAUCUAUCUAUCUAUCUAUCUAUCUAUCUAUCUAUCUAUCCCAGUCUGUUCGUAUUUCUCAGACGUUAAACACAUUUAUCUUUCUUUCUUUCGUUCUUUCUUUUUCUUUCUUUCUUUCUUUCUUUCUUUUUUUCUUUCUUUCUUUCGCACAGAAACCAAACAGUAUAUCUGA